GGUCUGUAGUCUAUGUUUCUUUUUCAGUAAUAAUUAUCUGUAAUUGGAAAUUAUUUUCACGAAUUAAUGAGAAACCGAAGAAACAAAUGCACAAAAAUCUUCCAGUAAUUUAGUCUACAUUCUUGCCACUUCGUUUGGAUAUACACGUAGUAAUCAGUUGUAACAUGGUCGACCGAAACCGUCUCAUCACGGCAUUGCAGCUGAAAAAUCAAGAUUCAGAUUUUGGUAAAUUCGCAUGGGGACAGCAAUUGAAUGGAGAAGUUUUACAUGCCCUCGAAACUCAAGGAUUAGGAAAUCUCCAAGUGCCUUUUUCUGUGGAGGAUGUUGAAAAACUUAAGAGUAUCUCUGAGCCUGCACCUCAUGGCAAGGGACUGAAUGUUGUUGUGGACUCGAAUGUAAAAAAUGCAUGGCAAAUUGAUGGUUCUAAAAUAUCAGCAGUCCUACACCCGACAAACUUUAUCCACACAACUCUUGCUGACAUUUCUGUGCAAGCAUUGUACCACCUGCAACUUGGCUGGCUUGUUGAGAAUCUUGACAGUGACAAUGUGGAAGUCUGCAUUGACAAAUUAAUGCUGUAUAUGAUUCAGGGGGGCACUACAAAUGUCUUUGUGAAUUAGGAUUAGAGCAAGGAAUAUGUGCUGCUGUAACGAUUCUUCAACUUCCCGUUCAAAAUGGAUACCUUGUUGUGAACACGAAUUAGAACCCAUCACAUCUGGAUGGAGAGCGACUUUGGUGAUAUCAACUUUGUCUGGAAAAAUGCGUUUUAUGUUACAAAAAUACCGCAGACGUUAUCAACGCUCGUCAUCCCAGACGUUCUUCAAUUGUUAACUGAAAUUCGAGCUUCGAUCAACCCCUGGUUCACACAUUUUAGUCAAGUUACGCAAAGGCCAAACUCUGACUGUCCGGAAAUACCUACCGUUUCAGAGACUGGAACUGAAGUUAACCAGCCAAUCAGUUGUAACACGGAUGCGCUCAACUUGCAAGUUGAAGCAGUUUUGCAACCUUCGCCUAUGGUUUUGACCCACGAUGUCUCCCGCCAGUUACAUUUCGACUUGAAAGUAGCCAAUAUUGAUCGUUAUCAGACGUUCCUGGAAUAUUCAUCAAGCACUGAUGUUCGUGACUGCGUAGAAAAUCCAAUAAAUACCAACAAGUUGCACCAGAAAGUAUCAGUGGAUAUGCUCGCAUUUCUAUUAGAGAACGAGUAUCCAUUGACGGACCUCAGCUUUUUUGGUUUGAGAGGGCACGAUGCAUGUUUUUCUUUCCCGGCUCUUGUUGAGCGGUAACUUGCUUGACGUUCACUUGGCCAUCAUGAGUCAGCCGGAGAUGUCGACCGACUCAUCAAGAGAAGAAACGUGUAUCGGCGCAGUCCAGAUGGAGCAUUGGAUCAGUUCUAGCAAUACGUUAUUGCCGUUUAAAAGAAUUCUAGUCGACACUAACCAGAUCGUAAGCGAUUUCCAGCUGAAAUCGAGAUGUCACAUCGCUAACCAAGAAGAAAGAAAUGAAAAUGGCGACCGUGAUCCGCAUUGUUAUCAGAAGCAACCAGUUCUUGUGAUAUGGCCGAGACAUUAGUCAUUUCGCAUCAAAUGCCUCUAUGCGUUUGACGACUUAUUGGACCAAAUGGAACGCCAGCUGCAUACCGCGAGUCGCGAAAAGACGAUAGAAACUCUACGUCGAAUUAUUUCCUUUUGCUGCGAGGAUCCGCUGGCGGUAUUUAUGGAUUCUACCUGCGCUCCAGGAGAGCGCACCUAUCGUCUUUUGCAUCUUUGCAUCUUUCUUCGAGCCCGACAAGAAGGACUUCAGUUACUGGAACUUAUGAGUACGGAUUUCCGAAAUGCAGAGCUAUGCGGAGAAUCCCAAAGCCUUUGUUACGAAGGGAUUCGCAGCAAUGGGGUGGCUCAAUUAAUAGCCGAAUUUGAGUGUCGAGUCAGCGGAUGGGCCGCUUGUUCACGUUUGGUGUUGAAAAUGAUAUCUCCGAUUCGACUGUCGAAUCAGAUGGAAUUUAUCGUUAACCUUGCUGGCUACCUCAGGGAUCGCCGCUGUUCAGACGGUGCAUUCCAAAUUAUGGACCGUGUUGCCUUCGUCCUUCCUAAACUCGAGGCGUCCUUUAUUGCUAGCCUCGGACAAAAGGAUAUUGAUUCGUACUCCAAUUUUGUUGUCGACUGUGAAGCAGAUCCGAAAACUGCCAGUGCUCAACGAAUCGCUGGUUUCACCACACUUUUCCCUCAUCUGGAUCCUUACGAACAGUGCCGUUUGGUUGUCGACCUCCGGAGGCGGAUCAGAUUUGGAGGAAUACCUUCUUGCAUGCACCUCUACCAGGAAUUGUUCCGUGCUCUACCUUCGUGCAAUCUGCACGCACCUAGGCCCAUCAAGCAUGUCAUCGUAGCGGUUGUGAGCAGCUUCUUUCAACUCGGCGAUCCGGAAUUGAUCCAAAUUCUCAUGAACAAAAUAUGCAGCCUUGGUCCAAACACUUCAGAGCGACCAGCUCAAGAAAACAGAUUGAUUGAUGUGCUCUUGUUGUCUGGCGAUUUUUGGGAUUUGGCCACUUCAUCCGAUUUAGGAAAGUCGAUGCUCACCAGCCUGAUUGAGGCUCAGAUUUUAUCAGUGAUGUGUAUGUUCGAUCAACUCAUUAUUCCCAGUGAAGAAAGUCUUGCGAUUCAGCAAAUCCGACAAACAGGCGAACUCGAGAAAUUGGAUUUUACGAAGAGCAUCGAUUUUCUGGAAAAUCUGUCACAGCUAGAGCUGCAUAAUCAACAUUGCGAACUAAUCCGUGAAGCACGCACUGCUUUUAUCACCACCUGGAUUAAUGGAUUCUGCCUACUACUGGAUCGGGAGAGGUCUUUUGCUACGCCUAGUUCUAGUACUGACCCGCUUCAAGUUAACAUCACUGUUUUCUUGAAAACAUUUAUCAAGAUGGAAAAGAAUCUUUACGAUAACAACCGGCAAAAUGUUUCCAUUGGUUUUUCCCACUUGUUUUCAAAAAUGUCUAUAAAGAAAUUAUGUCAACUAAUACUCGAUCUUUACAAGAUAGAUUCAGUGACCCAGCCCUGUUUGAAAAUUGUUUCUUCGUGCUUUACUGUGUACAGGGACCUAAACCGUCAAUUUGUUGGAGAAGAUGUAAUUUCACUACUGGCGCCUACUAUAAAACUUGUCGUGAAAAUUGCCAAAUGUCUUUUCUGGCUCGGGGACGACGUGUCGUUGGAAACAUUUUGCCAGAAGAUAUGCACCAGCGUCCCAUUGAACAAAGAAAAUCUAUUGGUGAAAAAAAUCGUCUCCUGUAGCAGCGUUUGGCCGCUAGCCUGCACAUCUCCUCCCAGUCUGGCCACCUUUUAUGUUUUCUUGGAUCGGCAUAUCGACUACUUGAAAACUAUCGAAGAGCCCGUUUUCUCGUUUGGGCAACCUUGCGCCCAGUUGCCGCAGUAUCCCGAGGUGGAAGUUUUUCUCCGCUCUUCGAAGGAGAGAAUGACUUAUCACAGUUUGGCCAGUAUUUUUCACGCGCGUAGUUUUGCUGAUGAAUUAACUAAAGUGUGCUUGAAGAACGGGUGGUGUAGCUUAAAAGUCCAGGCGAUGGGGUCAGCCAGGAGUGCCUUCUGCGAGAUCGUGAAAACACAAGACAUGUAUCAGAUGAAGAUGAAGCGAUUUCAAAUUGUGCAACAAGAAUGAUCUGAAAUGCUUUCUCUACGCCAUAAUUUUGAAAGUAAAGCCACAGAGAGCGAUCUGUCAAAAAGGUUGUCGGACAUGCAUCAUAAGGUGGAGAAUGUUUUAUGCUCGGCCAUGAAGUGUGAUGGAAACGAACCAGAAAUCAUCGUUAUUUCUGAUUAAUCUGUAACAAAGAAACUGGAGCCGCCAAUAAGAUUUCUUCCCCCCUCUGUACUUAGCUGAUUGUUCUUUGCUAAUGUUUCGAAUAAUUUUUAGAACCUUUUCUGUUGCUGAGCAACAAAUCCAAAAGUGCAAUUGUCGAGAACUGGAAAUCUAAUUUGGCUGUGAACUGUGAUCUCUUUAAAUGUUUUAAAUCUGAAAUAAAUCUAUGAUAUAUCUA